AUGUCUGCUCCAGUGAACAACCAGUCUGGAUCUGGUUCGACUUCUAUUGAGCCAAAGGAAUCUGCUAACAAGGCCCAUUCUCUCUCUUCGGAUGAAAAGUUGAACGCCAUUCGCUCUCACGAUGAGAAGAGCUACCGUGCUCAACACGAUACCUCUUCCGAUGAGGAGAUCGUCAGUGGUUCGACCAAGUCUUUUGGUGUCAGGAAGAAUGAGCUCUUGUCUGAGCACUUCAAGACUCCAAUUGCUUGUGUCACUCUUUACCUUUGCUUGUUCUGCAGUGCUUAUAUCUUCACCUUGGAUACUCGUAUCAGAAAGGUGCUUACAAGUUAUGCUACUAACGGUUUCGCCAACCACUCUCUUUUGUCUACUGUUUCCGUUAUCAGAUCUGUGAUGGCCGCUGCUUCUUUGCCAUUUUUCGCUAGAAUGUCUGAUAUCUACGGUCGUUGUGAGUUGCUUUUGGUUGCUGUGCUUUUCAAGGCUAUUGGUUCUCUUAUCGAAUCCCAGGCCUACGAUGUUCAGAGAUACGCUGCUGGUGCUGUCAUCGAUGCCUUUGGUCAGGCUGGUAUCAAGGUCAUGUUGCGUUUGGUGAUGUCUGACAACUCCAAGAUGAACUGGAGACUUUUCGCCAUCUCCAUCGUCACUUGUCCUUACAUUAUCAACACCUGGGUUUCUGGUAACAUUGUCACCAACUUGACUGACAACUACUCCUGGAACUACUCCAUCGGUAUGUGGGCUUUCAUCUUCCCUAUUUCCAACAUUCCUCUUUUCAUCUGCUUGGUCUGGACCAGACUUAAGUUGCGCAAGCAGGAGGACUGGCAAGAACUUUGCCAGGAGGAGAAAGAAUCUUACACUGAGAUGAACGAGCACCUUGAGAAGCUUGAGAGAAACAACCAGGCUUCUGGUAUCAAGGUGUUUUGUGUCAAGACUUACUACUACUUGAAGGAGUUCUUCUGGAUUUCCGACAUUGCUGGUAUUGUUCUUUUCGUUAUUUGUGUUGGUUUACUUUUGGUUCCAUUGACUCUUGCUGGUGGUACUACUUCCAAGUGGAAGGAGGGUUACAUUAUUGCUCCAUUGGUUGUUGGUUUCUGUAUGCUUCCUUUCUUCGUUUUGUGGGAGCUCAAAGGUGCCAGACACCCAAUCGCUCCAUUCCCUCUUUUGAAGGACCGUGGUGUUCUCGCUGCCAUGACUGUUGGUUUGUUCUACAAGUUCGUCUACUUGAUGCCUCACGACUACAUGUACCCUGUUUUGGUUGUCGGUAUGAACGCUUCUAAGACUGCUGCCACCAGAAUCGGUUCUUUGAACUCUUUCAUGAUUGCUGUUGUUGGUCCAAUUCUUGGUUUGAUUGUUGUCCGUGUUAGAAGAACCAAGGGUUUCAUUCUUGCUGGUAUCUCCCUUUGGAUCGUCGGUACCGGUAUGCUUUACUACUACCGUGGUACUAACGACGGUAUUCAUUACCAGAGAUUUAUCGACGGAGUUGUUGGUGCUAUGAUUGUCUUCGGUUUCGGUUCUGGUUUGUUCGCUCGUACUAUCGAUGUCUCCAUCCAAUCUUGUACCGAUCACGAGUACAUGGCCUCUGUCACUGGUGUCUACAUGGCCACUUUCAAGAUUGGUUCUGCUUUGGGUGACUGUGUUUCCGGUGCCAUGUGGACCCAGAGAAUGUACGACGAGAUUGUCAAGAAGAUGGAAGAGCUCGGCGUUGACACUUCCUUGGCUGACAAGGCCUACAAGAAGCCAUAUGACUUUAUCAAGGUGCACGAAUGGGGUACCCCAGCUAGACAGGCUGUUGCUUGGGCUUACGCCGAUGUCCAGAGGCUCUUGUGUAUCGUUGGUCUUUGCUUGUGUGUUCCUAUGUUCAUCGCUGGUCUUUGCUUGAGAGACCACAAGUUGGCCAAGGUCCAGUCCAUGGAUGCUGAGAACUGUGGUGGUGAACUUGGACCAAUUGGUGAUGCCAGACAAAUCAAGGGCAAGAACUACGUCCAGGUGAACUCUUACGAUGAUGACAAGAUCUUCAAGUACUUGAAGAUUUGGUACGGUAAGCUUAGAGGUACUAAGGCCUAA